AUGUCUUCAUCCGGCACGUCAGCGCACCCAGACCAGAUUCUCACGUCAUGUGUCGCACUACAAGAACACUUGUCUAAGCUAGAGGCCGACGCGAGGAAGACAUUGGCGCAGUGGGAGGAGCGGAGGCAGAAGGAGGAUCUUGCGGAGAAGAGAAGAGUUGCGCCGGGCUGGUUAGAUAGUGGUGUACAUAUACUGAAGCCAGAGGAGAGUGGCGGAGGAGCGAAGAAGGAAGACCAAGCGCCGGUGCAGAAUCUCAUGGAUCUAGAUCCGCAAGCGGAGAGCAAGGCUAAAGAAGGCGAGGAAUUGGAUAGGGUGUUUGGUGGACUCCAAGUUUAG